UAAAUAAAAUCCAGCUUUUAUUAGCUUUCGAUUCUCUCAUUAUAUAUGAAUCAAAUUGAUUUAAUUCACUCUUUGUACAUAUAUUCAUGUAUUUAUGUAUGAACAUUCCAUACUGAUCUUUUGGAAUUCCCUGUAUUGUACAUCUGUAACUGGAGUUGAAAACCCUAAGUUAGAAUUUCUAGAAAACCUUAGCUUUUGCUCAAAGAUUCGAUUUUUAUUGUUGUUUUGUGGAAUUCUUGAAAUUCCUGGAUCUGGGUCUGUGAAAGAAUCUUCUGGGGUUCUUUUAAUAUACAAAUGGCGGAUCAAGAAGAUGAAGAGUUGAAAAUGGCGUUAAGGAUGAGUAUGCAGAAGGAGUCGCCAGAGCCUAAGAGGAGUAAACCGGGAGAGGAGGUAUCUGGUGGCGGUGGUGGGGAGGAAGGGGAGUCGCCUGAGGUGAAAAACCGGAGACGUCAGAGGGAAUUGAUGGCUGCUGCUGCUGAAAAGCGGAUGUUGGCGUUGCCCAAGAAUGUGGUGGUGGAGAAGAGUGGUGGGUCUGGCAGUAGAGUGGUGGAAUGUAAGGGUAAGAGUGUGAAUUUGGUGACGGGUGAAGAUAAAAAUGUGAACCUGGUGAAGGGUGAGGAGAAAAAUGUGAACUUGGUGAAGGGUAAGGAGAAAAAUGUGAACUUGGGGGAAGAGCUGUCAUUGGCAGAGGCUAAUGAGUUGUUUUCAAUGAUCUUUGGUUGUGAAGUUACCAGAGAUAUUCUUGGUCAGUGGACUAAUCAGGGCAUAAGGUUUAGUCCAGAUCCAGAUACAUCUAUGGGUUUAGUGCAGCAUGAGGGUGGGCCCUGUGGGGUGCUAGCAGCAAUACAGGUUUUUGUUCUGAAGCACCUAUUGUUUUUCUCGGAUGAUUUAAAUAUGGUUUCACCUAGCUUGUCUGGCAAUGUGGGUUUGAGAAGAUUGGCUAAUAAAGAAUCUGCUGGAGCUGAUAUUUUUUCGUCUCUAAGUGAAGAGAAAAAAUCAAGAGCAUUGGUAAGAGGCAUGUGCGAGAUAUUGUUUAUGUGUGGAAGCAAUAGAAGGGUUGUGAUAGCAUCUUUGAGAACACUUGAUGCUAUCCUUGAGGGGCCUCAGGGCCGUUCAGGUGAUGAGGUCAUUUCUAAAGCACUUGAAGGUCUCUCAAUUGAGUCCGGGGCUAACUUGCAAAGGGUUUUAGUCAUUAACACGUAUACUUCGUCAGAGGAUGCUCUUCAAAGGCUUGAAGCAUUGCUCCCAGUAUUCCGAAGUCGUAUGGGAGCAAUGCUGUUCCUAAUAUCUGCUUUGCUUUCUCAUGGAAUGGAAUCUGUCCAAGCUGAUAGGGAUGAUCCUUCUCAACCUUUGGUUACAGCACCUUUUGGACAUGCUUCACAGGAAAUUGUGAACCUGUUGCUUUCUGGUGAAGCUGUUGCCAAUGUGUUUGACGGGAGGAUGGAUUUGGGUGGUGGCAUGUUUGUGAAGGGUAUCUCUACAACAGUUGAAGUUGGAUUUAUUACUUUGCUAGAGUCCCUAAACUUCUGUAAAGUUGGCCUGCAUUUGAAAUGCCCGACAUGGCCAAUAUGGGUUGUUGGCAGUGAAUCUCAUUACACAGUCUUAUUUGCUCUAGAUACAAAAGUUCAGGAGGAGAAUGAACUUGAAGGUAAGGAAACAAAGAUCCGUAGAGCUUUUGAUGCUCAAGAUCAGAGUGGAGGUGGUGGAUUCAUUAGUGUGGAAGGUUUUCAUCAAGUCCUUAGGGAUACUAAUGUGAAUCUUCCAGCUGACAAGCUUCAAAACCUCUGCAGCAGUGGAUACAUUGUAUGGAGUGAGUUCUGGCAGGUCCUGUUGGACUUGGACAAGAGUUUGGGAGGGCUGAAAGAUCCUAGUGGAUUAAUGGGGAAAAAGGUCUUUGAUCUUUACCACUUCAAUGGGAUUGCAAAAUCAGUUAUGAACGGAAACCAGGUUUCAUCUGGAAAUGAUUUUCCGGUACAAAGGCCUAGACUCACUAAGCUGAGGGUUUCAGUUCCCCCAAGGUGGACGCCAGAGGAGUUCAUGUCUUCAGGCCCAAGCACAAGUGAUCCUGCCGGUAAGGAUUCUAUCACUGAAGUUUCAAAACCAGAACCUUCUCAGCAUGCUCCUUUAGUUGACUGCAUUCGGACACGCUGGGCCCGAGCCACAUGUACUUGGGAAGGUGAUCCACCAAGCAUUGUUUGAUUGGUUAAUUGAUAGUCUUAAACUGCCACCUUGUUUUCUGGGGAUUAUCACGUAGAGCAGGAGUCAUUGAAGUGUGACACCAGGUUUACUUCCGAAAAAGGUGAAAGCUUUCUGGGCAGGAAGAUUCUUUUCCUCAUGGCAGUUUUCCAUCAUGAACAUAAUGCAGUACCAUUUUCAACUGUGUGAUAUUGUAACUUCAAGAUUCUAGUUUGAUUUGGAGUAGUCCAAUUCUGAGGGUAAGAGAGGCAGUACUGUCAUUUCGCAUUGAUUUUUUCGCCUUAAGCUGUUGAUUAGGUUUUUUCUUCCCUUUUCCUCUGAAAGGGAGAUAAAUAAGCAUCAGAUUGGUCAUUAAUUAUUGUUGUAACUUUAGAAAGCCUCUCAUCUUUGCGGUUGAUUAGGGAAAUAUCUUAUUCAGAGAAGUGGUCUCAAAUACAUGGUGUCUAUUA